UCCUCCCCCAUUGGCCUAUCCUCACUUCUGCAUUUUGGACUUUCAGUCUCAAUCGCUUUGUUUAAACAAGUCAGACCAGCAAACUGUGAGAGAAACAUAAUACUGCAGCCCAAUCGGUUUGUAAAAUGAGCAACAUACCUCCUGUGUUAAAUGUGGAACACUGGAUUGCAGAGAACAAGAAUGCUUUUUUGCCACCAGUGUGCAACAAGCUCAUGCACUUUUCCCAGUUGAAUGUCAUGUUUGUUGGAGGUCCUAAUACCAGGAAGGAUUAUCACAUAGAGGAAGGGGAGGAGCUCUUCUACCAGGUGAAGGGGGACAUGUGUCUAAAGUUGAUAGAAAAUGGCAAACACAAGGAUGUGCACAUCAAGGAGGGAGAGAUGUUCCUGCUCCCAGCUCGGAUCCCCCACUCCCCUCAGAGACAGGCCAACACUGUGGGACUGGUGGUGGAGAGGAGACGGCUGCUGACUGAGACCGACUGCCUGAGGUACUAUGUGGACAACACCACUGACAUCCUAUUCGAGAAAUGGUUCUACUGUGAGGAUCUCGGAACCCAGCUGCUGCCAAUAAUCACAGAGUUCAUGACAUCACAGCAGGGGAAAACAGGAAGACCUGAUCCAAAUGAAGUCUUCAGAGAACCUCCGUUCCAGAUGAACCCCCUGAACGUGAUGUUGCCCUUCUCCUUUAAAGACUGGCUGGACAAACAGAGGCCGUCCCUGGCCAGCGGCAGGCCCGUCGACAUGUUCGGAGCUCAGUUUGAGACGGAGGCAAUAGUGUUUGGACCUGGGAGGACAGAGACAACAGUGCGGCAAAGUGAUGUGUGGAUUUGGCAACUGGAGGGAUCCUCAAGAGUUAGUAUGAACGAGCAGGAGUUCUCUCUUUCUGCAGGAGACAGUUUACUCAUCCCUGGACACGUCCAGUACCUGUGGCAGAGAGAGGAGGGGACCGUGGCCCUGUUUGUGGUCCAAAACCCUGAGCGGAAGAGACCCUGACCCCCACGUGCCAAGUCACACACACACACACACACACAACAGCUUAAAAUAUGUGCAAUACUCUG